UCCACUGACCACUACCCUGGCUCAGCAAAAGAGCAAUGUUGCCAUGUUGACUACACAGGAGCUCGCCAAACUGCAAAAGCUGGAGGAACUACUUGAACCUUGCAGAUAUGUAACUGAACUGCUGGGAGGAGAGCAGUACAUCUCCUGCUCAGUGGUAUUGCCAGCCUUGUGCCACUUGUUCAAAAUUAUGGAGUCCACAGAGGAUGAUCCAGCGUAUGUAGUUCAAUUCAAAAAUGAUUUUACUUCAGACCUAUCUAAAAGGAAGGACAGCACUAAUCUCACAUGGCUGAAGAUCGCUACUGCAAUUGACCCAAGGUUUAAAGACCUAAAGUGUCUUCCCAAAGAUGAAAGGAAUGAGGUGUGGGCUUCACUAAGCAAGCUGUUAAUGGCACAGAGUCCUGGAAAACAAGAGUCUAAAGAGACAACAGACCAACAGCCACCAAAGAAGAGAAGGAUCUCCGUCUUGCUGGUUUCUUCUGAUUCAGAGUCAGAUGAAGAGGAAGAGUCCAUAGAACAGUGUCUUAACCGCUACAAAGCAGAGCCCAAAUUGCACAUGGAGGGUUGUCCACUACAGUGGUGGAAAAAGAGAGAAGCAACACAUGCAAGGCUGGCACCAAUAGCAUGCAAGUAUCUGUCAACCCCUGAUACAACGGUGCCUUGUGAGAGACUGUUCUCACUCUCAGGUCACAUCAUUCAAAAGAAAAGGGCCACAUUGUCCCCUGAUAAUGUCAACAGACUGGUCUGUCUCAGCAACUGGCUGAAUGUAAAGGAGGACUAAGCAAAAUAGUUUCUACUUUAUAAUUAAUGUUCUCAACUCUCAGCAAUACAACGUUACAAUGAGUAAAAUUUUUUGUAUUCAUUCCUUUAUUAUUAUUAUUUUCCAAUUUCCAUAUUUGCAAUGACUAUACUUUGGAAUUUUUUUGCAGUCCACUUAGAAUUCAACAUCUGUGUUACAAGUUAAACAAAAAUUCCAAUAAACAAUCAUAUUUUGAAUUUAAAUAGUUUCUUUGUCUUAAGUUUCCAUUGAUUAUUUACAUUUUACAUUUACAUAUC